UAUAAAGGUUAAAAAUAAAGUGUUUUAGUGCAUUUGAAAUCGGUUUUGAUUGAAUAAAUGUGACUUGUAAUGAAAUGGUCUUUAAUGAUAUGUUAUUUGAAAAGAGUACCAAUGUUAACAAUAAUUCCGAACAAAUUGACAAAAAUACAAAUACAAAAACGAAAGAAAAUAAAAGUGAACAUAGCAAACUGACUUCUUCAUCCAUUAGUUAUUCGUCAAAUUGUUGUAUUAACAAUAAAGAAUCAAACAAUAGCUAUAAUAGCAAACUAAUCAGUGCCACCAGUACUAAUAAAGCCAAUCUCCUAAAUAACGAACCGAUAAAGAUUUUACCUAGCCACCAACCAUCCGUGGGGAGUGGUUAUUUUGGUUUAGGUAUACCAAAAUCCCCAUCAUUUCAUAGUGGUCUUGAUCUAUUGGCCGAUGAUUAUGAUGAUGAUGAUGUUGACAAUGAUAAAAUUUUAAUACAAACGACAGCGAAGACAGAAGCGACCCAAUCUGAAAAUAUUAGUUGUGGUGGAGGUGGCAGUGGUAGUGGCAGUAUUGGCUGUAAAUUUAAAUUUACAAAUAUUGAAGAAAUCAAAGCAAAAUUAUCCAAUAGUUCCUUUUCAACAAUAAAUGCAGUUAAAAAAGUCUAUAACAAUAAAAUGCCAGCAUUACAACCUCAACCGCAAGAAGUUAAUAAUAUCUCAACCAAUCAUCAAUCACUAUCAUCAAAUUCAUCAGCAAUAUCAGUAACAACAUCAUCUUCUUCAUCCUUAUCACAGCAACAGCAAGUGACAGCAUUAUCUGUAGUUAAUACUAGCAACAGUGUAUCAUUAAAUGCGACAACAGCAUCCAUAUCAAUGGCGGCCUCUUCCUCGAACACCGGAGGAGUGGGUUCCUCCUCCUCCUCCUCAACUACAAAUCCCAUUUCCGCAACCACAUCAUCCAUUGUUUCAACACUGGCUCAACAUUUCAAUGCAGCUACAUCAGCUACACAACUUUUAACUACUGCCUCAUCUACGCUUGGUUCAAAUAACAAGUCUCCGGUGAGCGCAGCCACGGCAAUUAAAAAUAUACUUAAUGCAACAAAAAACGUGGGCAGUGCUGCUUCUAUUAAUACAACUAACACCAGUUAUAACACAAGUAAUGUCAGUGGUAAUGGACAAGGACAGUAUAAUGCUGUGUCGUCUACAACAGCGACGACAUCUGCAUCAUCGCCAUCACAAUCUGCAACAGCUACAACAAAUAAUUCUAGUUCUGUUACCCAAACUAUUGUCAGUGGCAUUAGUAUAUCCUUGGGAAUAGGAAAUGCUUCAAACAAUAGUAAUAGAUUAACACGAAAUAAUGGUUCUAACGCUACACAAAUCAAAUUACAAAAUAGUGGGAGUAAUAGCGGAGGACCAUCUACUAAUGUGCAAUAUCAAAAUGGAAAUGAAAGUAACACUGCUAAUGCUGAUAAUAUUGAUUGCCAAAAUAUUAAUAAUUCAGAUGGAAGUGGUUCGGGACCUUUCGUGACGCAAACAACUCUGCAGCAAAUUUCUGGUAGUCCGGGACGAGCAAGAGAUAGAAAUGUUUUUCAUACACCAACAUCAUCAGCAACAGCUGUACAGUUACCGCUACUACGAGAAACACCAACCACUGAACGCGAGGAACUUUUUGUUCAGAAAAUAAGACAAUGUUGCACACUGUUCGAUUUUUCCGAGCCAUUAAGCGACCUGAAAUGGAAAGAGGUGAAAAGGGCGGCUCUACACGAAAUGGUUGAAUAUUUGUCUAAUCAAAAUAAUGUUAUUACAGAAGCCAUUUAUCCAGAAGCAAUAAAUAUGUUUGCUGUAAAUUUAUUUCGUACUUUGCCUCCUUCUUCAAAUCCAAAUGGUGCUGAAUUUGAUCCGGAAGAAGAUGAACCAACAUUGGAGUCUUCUUGGCCCCACUUACAAUUUGUUUACGAAUUGUUUUUGCGCUUUUUAGAAUCGCCCGAUUUUCAACCAAACAUUGCCAAGCGUUACAUUGAUCAUCAGUUUGUUUUGCAAUUGUUGGAUUUAUUUGACUCAGAGGAUCCACGUGAACGUGAUUUCUUAAAGACUGUUUUACAUCGUAUAUAUGGCAAAUUUUUGGGCUUGAGAGCAUUUAUACGCAAACAAAUCAAUAACGUUUUUUACAGGUUUAUCUACGAAACUGAGCAUCAUAAUGGCAUUGCUGAAUUGUUGGAAAUUUUGGGUAGCAUAAUAAAUGGAUUUGCUUUGCCUCUUAAGGAGGAGCAUAAACAGUUUUUGCUUAAAGUUUUAUUGCCAUUGCAUAAAGCUAAAAGUCUAUCUGUUUAUCAUCCACAAUUGACCUAUUGUGUGGUGCAGUUCUUAGAAAAGGACCCCAGCUUAGCAGAACCGGUUAUAAAGAGUCUUUUGAAAUUUUGGCCUAAAACCCAUAGUCCGAAGGAGGUUAUGUUUCUGAACGAACUUGAAGAACUGUUGGAUGUCAUAGAACCAGCAGAGUUUCAAAAAGUGAUGGUACCAUUGUUCCGACAAAUUGCUAAAUGCGUAUCGUCACCACACUUCCAAGUGGCCGAACGUGCGUUGUACUAUUGGAAUAACGAGUAUAUAAUGUCGUUGAUAUCAGACAAUUCUCAAGUCAUUUUACCGAUAAUGUUUCCUGCCUUAAAUCGUAACUCGAAAACUCACUGGAAUAAAACAAUUCAUGGUCUCAUAUAUAAUGCAUUGAAAUUAUUUAUGGAAAUGAAUCAACGCCUAUUUGAUGAAUGUAGCAAAAAUUAUCGGCAGGAGAAGCAGCUGGAGCGAGAAAAAUUUGCACAGCGCGAAGGUCUUUGGCAACAAGUUGAGAAUAUGGCUAAGACAAAUCCAGACUGGACAAAGGUUGUAGGCCAAAUGGAUAGUUUGAGUAUUUCUAGUAGUCAAAAUGAGUUUGAUCAAGACAAUGACAAUUGCGAUUUAACUUAUGAUAAAUUGGAUUACGAUGACAGACAACUACAGCAGCAACACCAACCAUCACAGCUACAUAGUUCUGUCCAAGAAAAUCGCGAGAAAUCGCCACGUAACAAGGAUAAACCGUUGCUUAGACGAAAAUCUGAUUUGCCAGCUGACAGCGGCACAGUACGUGCCCUAAUUGAGCACAAAAGACCCGAUGAAUAUUUAAAAACACCACCAGAUGCAAACAUGUGUUAAAUGCACUAAAUUAAAUUAUUAAGAGGGCUGCAUAAAACAAAAAUAUAUGUAUAUGUAUACAAUUAUUUGAUAGACAUGCACACUUACACAAACAACAUGUUACCCUAGAGCAGCACAACGCGGGCGUUAAAUCCAUACAUAUAUAUACGAGUAGUAUUUUCAAUCUACAUCAGAUAUAAAUAAUAAUAGUAGUACGUACUACAUACAUACAAUUUGCCAGCCAGCCAGCUACUUGUUGAAAAUAUUUACAAUUACAACAAAAAUAUUCAUACAUAUUUAAUCUACAACUACACAAAAUAUUAAUAAUAAUUUCUGAAUUUUUAACUAUACACAUAUCUACAUAUCUACAUACUAUAUACAUACAUAAUAAAUUACAAACAAAUGUAUGCAAGUAUAUACAUGCAUAUUUAAAUAUUUUGAAAUCAAGACAUCUAUUUGAUUUUAGUGUAUUUGUAUUUGAGAAAGUUGAUAAUUAUUAUGGCGUUUUCUUUUCUCAAAAAAAAAAAAAAAAAUGUUGCCGUUUGCUUUCAAAAGGUUACCUUUUUUAUGAUCACAUUAGAGCAAAAGACAUUAGUUUUCUUUAACAAAUCAAAAAUUCGCUGGUUUUAAAAAGGCAACAUUUUACCUUUAUGAUAAAAUUAAGGGCAAAAAUUUAAUUUUUGUUCGUUUUUAAAAAAUCAAAAGUUCGCUGAUUGCAAAAAAGGCAACAUUUUAACUCUAUUAUAAAAUUAUGCAUAAAAAUUUAUUUUUUUUUGUUCCUUUUUAUGAUGUUAUUGUUUUGAUAAUAAUCCCGUUAACAUAUUUUUCGAAAAAGUGCAUAAUAAUCAAAUUUAAGAGCUAAAAGGCAACAUUUUUGUCCGAAAAGAAUAACUGCUUUUAAUGUAAAUUAUUAAAAUGUACUAACUAUUGCAAUGAAAUUAAAACAUUUUAAUUAUUUCUAUUCAAUUCAACAUAAGCUUGAUUUAAAAUAUUUAUAUUUUUUUGUUACCUGUAAUGUUAAAUUUAAACAGGUUUUGGUUUUUUACUUUCAAAAUUCUUUACAUAAAAUGAUUAUUUAAUUGACCAUUUCACUUUCUAUAUGUACUAAGAGCGUUUGUUAAACGGUAGAAAAAUACUAUGGAGAAAUUUAUGCAUUUUCAAUAAUUAUAAACUAAUUUUGCUGUGAAAAGAAAAAAAUGCAGAAAAUUUAUAUUUUUACAUUGAUAUUGCAUUUAAUACAAUUGUGAUUUUUUUGUUCAACAUGUUUUACUGGAAGAUUCAAAUUUAAAAAUAAAAGCCCAAAAUAAACUUACAAACUUACACAAACUUAAAUUAAAAUCAUUUUUUUGUCAACAAUAUUAAUAAACCAAUGGGAAUUUGCACAUAGCCGUAACAUUUUUUCUGCAGUUUGGCAUAAGCUCUAAAUUAUGAAAAUUGUACAUAGUUACAUUUCAUUUGUCGGUAUACAUAUGUAUAUAGGUACGUACAUAUGUAUACAGAAAUAAGUAUAGUAUGUUAUUUACUUUAAGUUUAAUUUGAUUUUAUUUGAACAAGACUAAUCAAUAAUUAAUUUUUAAACAUUUAGUGAGAAUUUAAGGAUUUGCACUGUAACUCAAUAAAGAAAUUACAAGAAACAUGUUUUAAAGUACAUUGUCCAAUUAAAAGCAGACUUGAUAUUCUCAUCAUUAGUGAACAUGUUCGAUUAUUUCAGAAAACUUCCAUUUUUCUCUAUAAUUUUAUUUUUUUUUGCAAACAGAAAAACAUAUUUUCCUUAAGUACAUGGUGGCCGCCAAAAUUAUAAGAUCACAUAUUUUUCGUUCUGUUUAUCCAAAAAUACAAAUAGUAUUCAUUGAUGCUGAACAAAAUAAAUUUUUACAAUAAAAGUUUUAGAGCACUAUUUGCAGAUUUACUAGAACUGACCAUAUAGUUUUGAAACACUAAAUAGAACACAGAUAAUCAAAUUAGAAAAAAGUAUUCUUAUCUGAACAACGUUCAACCAACAACACGUAUUGUAGCCAAUAGCAUAAUUCAAUACUAUUUUUUUUGUAACAAUUAUGUUAAAAGUUAAUUAACCUCCAGCUCUUAACAGAACCUAAAAAAUUAUUUUUGGUUUACAUUUUAGAUACACCCUCAUGAAACUUUUCGAAACACAAACAUUUGUAAGAAGAGAACUACAAAUGAGAGUUCUAUUCUAAGAGUCAUUUAGUUUUUUUACAUAAUGAUUUAAAUAAUGGUAUAUAACUAAACACAUUUAUAGUACUGAUAAAGUAAACCAUUUACUCUUACUCGUCCAGUGUUAUAAAUGUUUCGAAUUAAAAAUUUCUCUGAUUUGUAAAAUAAUUUUUUUUAAACGUUUAUUUCGUUUUCAAAAUGAGGGCAGGGGCAGAAUUACUACCGUAUUAGUGAUAGAAUGAGCUAUCGUAUCGAAAUUAUAAUAAAAUGUACUCUUGCUCGACAUCGAAAUAAAGAAGUACGAUAAAUUUUAAUUGAUUUUGAAUGCGGUACUUCGUUAUCUUAAUUCCGCUAUUAUAUUUUAAAGAUAUGCAUCAACUUGUUGGAAACGGAAAGUGUUAUUUUUCAUGAUAAAAAUCAGUUUGAAAUGGUUCUAUCGAAUUUAAAAACUGUUACUUUGCAAGUGUAAAAAUGCUGACAAGAGUACAUACAUCUAUUAUUUAAAAUCUAGAUUUGAAACGUUUUGUAGCACUAAAUAUUUAUACGUUGGUUUUUUCUUUGUUUAGCCAAUGUUUACUUACACAAUAUUGUUAAUGCAUGCAUAAAACAUGCCAAAAUUCAUACUUAUUUAAUAUAUAUAGUUAUUAUAGAUAACUAUUUUAAUAUGUAUUUUUAUAAACGGUAUAACAUUUUGAAUAAAAUCUAAAAUAUUUCUCUACUUAAGUUGUAAUAAGGACA